UACAAGCAGAGUAGCGGAGGCUGGCGAUGUAGCUAGCUAGCAGUGGAGUUGGCCAGCUUGCGUUUUUUCGCGUAGUUAAAACCAAAACGGGGGAGUUGAGACAUAAUCAGAAAGUGAUGACGUUACGCAGCUGACAGGACUGUGGAUUUAAAGUUAAGAUUUCGGUAAAACCUUUGCAAGUAAGCACGCUAUUUACUUAUCUAGGUAGAUAGAGUUAAAAAAACGAUCCUCGAUAUCCACCUGGCUAACUGCUAGCAACGGAGAUGACGGUGAAUUGGAUGUUAGCUAUUGUAAAAAGUAGCAAGCUAAGCUAGCUUUAGCUGGUAACAUGGACACGUACGUAUUAAUAGGGCGAUGAGUUAUGCUGAAGUAGUUAGCUGUUGCUAGGUAGCUAGCUGUCCCUUAGCAAAGUGUGACAGAACUUGGUCGGCUAAGUGGAUAUCAAGGAAGCCUCAACCUGAACGCAUAUUCAUCUAAACGGCAAGUGUUCAAAACUGAGGUAACUACAAACUUGACUGAGGAAUGGCUUAUGGAACUCCAGUUUCACAUCAGUCCCAUAGGCCUGAGUAAGUGAAGCUAUGAGUUAGGCAGGGCAUUGUCACUGGACCGGAAUGAUUUAGCAGGGUGGCACCAGCUGUGCGCGUCACUAAGAGGAGGAGGAGGAGGAGGAGGAAGGGGAAGAGGAUGGGUGUUAAUGCCUCAAGCUAUCCUCACUCAUGUUCCCCUCGCUUCGGGGGACAUUCUCACACCCAGCAGACUUUUAUAGGGACAUCUUAUACACCCCAGGGUUAUGGUGCCGAGUCUAAGCUCUACAGUCUGGAACAUGGGCCCGAAAAACCACAUGACAAAAAGAAAAAGAGCUCAAGCCUGGCCACCCUCAAGAGGAGAUUCAUUAAGCGCCGGAAAUCCAGCCGCUCAGCCGACCAUGCACGGCAGAUGCGCGAGCUCCUCUCUGGCUGGGAUGUGCGUGACGUCAAUGCCCUGGUGGAGGAGUAUGAGGGCACAGCUGCCCUGAAGGAACUUAGCAUGCAGGCCGGCCUGGCCCGGCCCGAGGCCCGAACCCUGCAGCAGGACCUUGCUGCCCUCUACCAGCACAAAUACUGCACGGACGUGGACCUGAUCUUCCAGGAUGCCUGCUUCCCGGCACACCGUGCCAUCCUGGUUGCCCGUUGUCCAUUUUUCAAGACACUGCUGUCCUCUUCACCAGGCUGUGGUGCAGAGGUGUUGCUGGACGUGGGCACGGUGGGCAUGGACUCACCCAUGUUCUCCUCGCUGCUCUAUUACCUGUACACUGGGGAGCUGGACGAUGCACGCCUACAGAAUGUGGACGUCCUGGUGCGGCUGAGGGAGGAGUUUGGGACGCCCAACUCCCUGGAGGCGGACAUGCGCAGCCUGUGUGAGCACAUGUGCUACUAUGACUCUCUGUUGAGCUUCUCCUCUGACUCAGAGCUUGUGGAGCCAUUUGGAGCCAGCGGGCCUCCUGCAGCCGGCGGCAGUGCUGGGGCCGAGGAGGAGCUGAGGGCGCAUAAGGCCGUGCUAUCAGCACGCUCGCCCUUCUUCCGGAACCUGCUGCAGCGGCGCAUCCGCACAGGGGAGGAGAUGACGGAACACAUGCUGCAGGCACCCACGCGCAUCGUCCUCGAUGAGUCCAUCAUCCCCAGGAAGUACGCCUGCGUCAUCCUGCACUGCAUGUACACCGACACCGUGGACCUCUCGCUGGUGCUUUGCGGAAGCCCGUCAGCAGGGAGCCUGGGUGAAGUACAGGCUUUGGUAGCAGGGAAAGGGAGCAUGAGUCGAACUGAGGAGGCCAUGGAGCUCUACCACAUCGCUCUGUUCCUGGAGUUCAGCAUGUUGGCUCAGGGCUGUGAGGACAUUGUGGUGGAGAGCAUCUCUCUGGACUCGGUGGUAGCCAUCCUGAAGUGGAGUUCCCAGCCCUAUGGCUCAAAGUGGGUCCACCGGCAGGCCAUGCACUUCCUGUGUGAGGAGUUCAGUCAGGUCAUGAUGUCAGAUGUUCUCUGUGACCUGAGCAAAGAGCACCUGCUGAGCGCCAUCCAGUCAGAUUAUCUGCAGGCCAGCGAGCAGGAUAUCCUCAAGUACGUGGUCAAGUGGGGUGAGCACCAGCUCAUCAAGCGGAUGGCUGAUCGGGAACCGAACUUGCUGAGUGGCACGGCACACAGCGUGAAUAAGCGUGGAGUGAAGAGGAGGGAUCUGGACCUGGAGGAGCUAAAGGAGAUUCUGUCCCCUCUGCUACCCUGUGUGCGCACUGAGCACAUUCUGCCCACCAACAGUGAGGUUCUCUCUGACACUCUGAAGCGUGGUCUGAUCAGCACUCCUCCAUCAGACAUGCUCCCCACAGCUGAAGGGGGAAAGGCCAAUGCCUGGCUGAGGCAGAAGAGCGCAGGUAUCUACGUGCGGCCCCGCCUUUUUUCCCCCUAUGUGGAGGAGGCCAAGGCGGUUCUGGAUGAGAUGAUGGUGGAACAGUCUGAUCUAGUGAGGCUGCGCAUGGUGCGCAUGUCCAAUGUGCCUGACACGCUCUAUAUGGUCAACAAUGCAGUCCCCCAGUGCUGUCACAUGAUCAGUCACCAGCAAAUGGCUGGCAGCCAAACAGUCCCGCCCUCAGUUGUGGCCAAUGAGAUACCAGUUCCCAGGAUGGUUGUGGUGAGAGAAAUGAUCCGUCGCCUGCAGGAGCUUCGGCACACAGACCAGGUUCAGCGAGCAUAUGCACUGAACUGUGGCGAGGGUGCUACCGUCAGCUACGAACUGCAGAUUCGUGUGCUCAGGGAAUUUGGGCUGCCUGACGGUGCUGCAGAACUGCUGCAGAACCCACACAAAUUCUUCCCCGAGGAGCGAUUCGGAGACGAAAGUCCUGUGCUAGCUAUGCGCCAGUCGGGUCGCUGUCGGGUCAACAGCACGCCAACGGUGGAGAGCAUGUUCACAGACUUGCAGGCUCUGGUGGGCUUUCACCCACCCCUGCCACCACCACCUCCGCCCUACCACCCUCCCACCACGCCAGGCCACAGCCAGCAGCAACAGCUCAGGGCUGGCUGGAGGCCCCGCGUGCCCAGCCAACAGCCACCCCGCUCCUUCUCUUACCCCUGCAACCGCUCGCUUCUCCAUAGACAGCCCUCCUCUAAAAUGGGCAGCCCCAUCUACCCGCCUGGGGCCAAGGUUCUCCCCCCAGACUGUACCAUCCCACAGGGGAGAAGCCUCAAACAGGGGAACAUGGAGCCAGUCAUCAACGAGUUCAUGCCAGACAUUGCCAUGGGUGUGUCAGCCAUGAGCCUGAAGGACCGACGCCUUCCAGAGGUCACCAUGGAUGUGGAGGCUCACGAGCCCCACCCCCAUGUCUCCACGGCACCAUCGAUCUCACACUGCUACUCCACCCGGCAUCCGCACUCCUCCCGCAAGCGGCAUGCGGCCGAGCCCAAGGCCAAUGGCCCCCAGCCAGAUUUCCCUGACCUGUACGAGUUCUCAGGGCGCCAUGCACCGCCCUACGGUGGCCCGGACCUUUAUGUCCACAGCCGCCCUGUAGGCGGAGGGGCUCUCCCUCCUGCAUAUGCUGCAGAGGCCCCUGAUGGCCUCCGUCUGGACGUGUUGGAGCAACCACCACAGAGGCUAGACCUGGCACUGGUGGCACAGGCUGCCGGUGCACAUGCCCCGCACAGGCCACCACCCAAGGGCGAGUCAGACCUCACCUGUGGCCUGGACCCCUCCUCUGAGCCGUACGAGGAGUGGGCAACGGGACGCCAUGCUGCUGCUGAAGGGAUGGGACUGGGAUUGAGCAGCACAGGGACAGAAAAAGAGGGGGGAAUGGCGAGCCGAGACUGCAGGUCACCUAACAAGCAAGAAUACCUGUACAGGAAGUCUGCACUCUGACCCCUGUGGAACACCGAAAAGAAAGAAGUGUGUUAACUGCAAGUGCUUCAGGUCUGCAGCACUGUGCCUGAUGUGCUCAAUAGAGGAAUUACAGCCAGUUGUGUUAAUGAGAGCACAUAAGGCCUGGGCUGACCUCUCCUAAAAGGCUCAAGGCACAAACCACCAUGACUACUUCACACAUGGACUCAAAGCCUUAUGUGAGGGCUUGGUUUGGUUGGGUGCUGAGAAAGAAGUUAAAAAAUACAUGAUUAUAAUCUAAUGCUGCAGAUCUUUCCUCGAGCAGUGCAAGGAAAGCUCUCACUCUAAAUGCACCCCUUAAUAUCUCUGAAACUAACGUUCACUUGUCCCUCCUGUAGCCCAGACAAUAUAAGGGGCUGCAGCUGACAAUCAGGACAGAAAUGAAAUUAUUUUCCUAAGCAGUCCCCAGACUACAUAAUGUUGCAGAACCAACACUGUGUAUUUCCAUUACUUUCAUUUCUUUGCUUUUGAGUGAGCACACUUGCAAAAUGAUGGGAAAGUCAUAUAUUUAUAUCGACAUAUGCAUUUACCUUUUAAUAGGAAUACAUUGAGAAAAGCCCAGGCAAUAUGUUGCGCUCUCAGAGACCUUUGGCACACCCUUGGCAAAUAGUUUGUCUUCUUUUGGAAGGAGAAUGGCAGAAAUAGCUUUUGUAAUCCUUUGCAACUGGCUUAUACAUUAGCCUGAGCAGUUUACAAACUGAGUUGUAAAAUAACGAGGGGAAUAAAUGAAAUCCCCUGCUUCCUAGAAGGAUACACAGCAGGCAUAACAUUUGCAAAGAUGCCCCGUUAUGUACACAGUCGGCUUUGUUUGCCAGGUUCCUCAAGGCUAUGUGAUUUGUAGUUUUACCCCAGGUCCUCUGUUUAUUAAUGCUGCUCGCCGGCCCUUUUGUCCACCACUGUGCUCUUUCAUGUCUAUUUUUGUUCUGCUUGUGUGUCCACCAUGCUUGGCUGCUUCAAGGUGUUAUUCUUCCCUGCUCUGAUCUGUGACAUUUCCACUCAAAAUACACAAAAAGGUGGUAAUCAUUAUCCUGCUAAUGCAGCUCUUGUCUUUUGUUUACCAUCCAGAGAUCUCAACCAAACCAAACUUAGGACCUCAACAUGUCUCUCCUUCCAGUGAAGUUGCACUGUAGUAAUAUCUUGGACAUUAGUUGAUGUUAGUUUCUGAGUCAUACAUCUAAACUCUUCUCAGUCAACCAAUGAUUAGCAAUUAUGAUGUCAUGAACGGGACUUGGAAAUAAAAACAAAUAGAGGUGUUUUAGCUUGGAGAGGGGAAAUUUGCCUUUUUUUUAGAGAACUAAAUGUGGAGUGAGAAAUAUUACCUCACAUUAAACCUGCACACCACCCUCAAGGAAGAAAUUUAGUUUUGUAAGUUAUGCAAGUGCACAUUAAAAAUAGCAAAUUUCUGUGUACUGCAUAUGUUAAGGUUAUUGAACCUCACUGCUGUUUUAACCAUACAUCUGUCUUCACUUUAUGUUCUUAUUUCCCUGUGAUAAAAGGAUCAUUCUUACAUACACUUGCUAACACAUUAAAUAUGCAGUGUUUAUAUUUAAUGUGAAUACUGUUUAUCCCAUGUUUGUUGUGACUGCUGUAAUGUUACAGUCCAAAGUGCAAUACCUGUAGAAUGUCGUUAGAAUCAGGUAUCUUUUACAGUGGUCCAUCAUACUUCAUUUACAUAAAUCAUCCUUCUGAAAGUCUUUCAUUGUUGAAGUGUUCUGUUGUCCAUCUAUUGUGAACAGUGGAGUGUUUGAAUUCAGUACUUCCUGUCUUCCCAUGGAAAAUCUUUUGUUACCUUUAUUCUUGGGUUUUUAUAACACUAUUUGGAACAUUCAUUCCCUCUUUGUUAUAGCUUUGUCGCUCUGGCCCUGUAGAAAUGCCUCAACAAUGUUAUAUGCUUUGCACAGUGUUUUAUUUUGAUAUUUAUAUAAAUGAUUGAAUUGACACACACUAUGCUUUGGACCAGUCAGGCCUUUUCAGCAUACAUCAUCCUAGCUGCCAUCUUAAAUCACAGGAAAUUUGUUUCAGCUCACUGGGAUGUAAACCUAGAAUCUUUCUUGCUACACCUUCUACCUCUGGUUAGCUCCUCUGACAUUUACUCUUUUUUGUGGUUUUCUUUCCUUUCUCAUUACUUUCAGUUCUUUAGACCUCCCUGGCCUUAUUUUCAAAUAUAUAAUCUCAGUGUAAUCAGAAAUGAUGAUGUUCUACAUGGUUUCUGGUACCAGCUGCAGAACCCAAAUUUAUCUCCAUUAGAAACCAUUUUUCUGUGUAAUACCUCUGAGAAGACUCUUGACUGUUAUCACAUGUAGGAAAGGUCAGCACAAGAUGCAGAAAAUCCAGGACAGGUAACAAGCGUGCUGUUUGUGAUGGCAUCACUUUAAAAGAUAAAGGGAGAGUGCAUGUUUUAAAUUUCACCUAGAAUGCCAAGGAUUCCAUAAGGUGUACAUUCUGUCACUUUGGUUUAGAGAAGUUUCAUUUGCUAUCCAGACAUAAUAUACUGCUACUGUAUAGGUUCUUUUCCAUUCUUAGCCUGAGAGAUUUUGGAGUGUGAAAUACUAUCACAGGCCUUCCUUCAGAGCUACUCUGCAAAGUCCUCAGCAACUAGUGCCUCUGGGCUCUUGGGGAUCAAGUGGCUCCAGAGUCAUAAUCCCUGAAUUUUAGAGCCCUGGUUUUCAGCUCAGAGAUGCUACACGGAGCCACAGCAAAAAUAGCUGCAGUACAGACCCUGCCCAAAGUACAUAAGUACUUCUCCGUGCUGAAGUCUUGUGAGGAGGCCAGGCUGAUUACUAAUGGCAUAGCUCUCCAUAAGAGAGGGAGAGUGUCAUGUUCUGUGUGUGGGCUUGUGCAUGACAGCUCCUGAAUUCUGCCACGCAAGUUGUUGUUCCAUCACCAGUUGAAAAAUCUCAGUAUGGGAGGAAAUUCAAGAGUGUGCUUAUGGGUACAAGAUGUUUUUGUUUGUUUGUUUCUUCUUCUUCUUUCAAAUUGGUUGUCCACAUUUCAUAUUCCACAUUAUAAAAAUGUCGCGCAAUUGACAUUUUUACAUACUUUAGCUUAAUACAGCCAGAGCUUGUAUGUUAGCCUUGUACAUGUUUUGGCCAAGUCAUUAUUAAGCCUGCUUGCAGUGGUAACUAACAGCUGCUGUGAUUGCUGUGUACUCACAUAGCAACUGUUUGGCAAAGUGCUGCUAUGAACUUUCAAAGGGCUUGUCAAAACCUCUUUGCAAAGACAUUUUAAGUCAUCUGGGUUUUUUUGUUUGUUUGUUUGUUUUGGGUUUUUUUGGCUGUUGUUGACUGCCCUAAUAGAGAGUUAUCACUUUGCAACUGUCCUUCAUUCUUUAUUACACUCAGUGAUGAGGAAAAAUAGAAACUUGCUCAAUACCAAGUUAGACCACCUUAGCUCUGUUAACUCCUGCACAUUGGCAGCAACUCGGCAAAGGUUUUGUAGCAUCACAGCUUUAAAGCUGACCUUGCGGACAUCUAUGUUUCACAUAGCUGCCCAGGUUGAAGGCUGGGUGCUGCCUUCUAUGGAUGCUACAAUCAGCUUCAUUCCAAAGGUGUUAAAUGGCAUUGGUACUUUAGUGGCUAGAACAUUGA